CUCCCAUUGAAGUCGAGUUGCUGCAUCCACUCAGUAGAUGCCAGUACUACUCUGGAUUCGGCAGGCUUUCAAGUGAAAGCUGAUACGUAAAACCUUGAACAUUGAAACCAGCUGAAGAGGGGUUCGAAGUUGCUGGAGAAGAAAUUGUGUUUCAAAGUAGUGGAUCUAUCAUGACUGUCAGGGUUCAGGGAACGGCGGGUUGGGACAAACCAGUGCCAAAGAGCCAGGCAAGAGAUUUAAACUGAUACUGAUGGCUGAAACUAUUGGGGACUAGGUAGUCGAUGUGGCUCAUAUAAUCCUCCUGUCCUCAAAGAAGCUGGGAUACCCCUUUAAAACAUCUCUGCCACUGUGUCAGCUCAUCCACUAUGAAAAAGAGAUAAUGUUGAGGGACAGGAGAGCUCUGUGGCUGGUACUGGGCAUGCUCAGUCUGUCUCUGCUGCUUGUGGUGCUGGGAGCCUACACAACGACCCGAACUGAGAGCCUGACUGUGACUGGCUACACCUCCGGAGUUAUUCUGACCCUCGGAUCAUUCCUGGGACUUCUGGGACUUCGUCUGGAAGAGAACCGCAAGCAGCUGCUGACGGCUGCCAUGGUAUUCCUGAGCCUCGGGGUCAUCACCUCUUUUCUGUGCCUGAUUAUCGAUGGCAUCUGUAUUGUCUUAAACAUGGACGUGCGUCCACUGAAAGCAGGGAGGUGCCAGUACUACAGCAGCGGCAACAGUUACAUCUAUGAGAAUUUCUACGCCUCUGUGUCAUGUUGGAAUCUAAAGGAGUCUUGUACCAUGACAGUACGAAGUGGGACCUGUUACUGCUGCGACCUGUACGACUGUGCCAAUGGAGGCUACCUCAGCAACUACUAUGAGUUUGUUGGAGUUCAAAGCUGUGAAGAAGUCUACACUCUGUACAUUUUAAUUUGGACCCUCGCCAGCUUCAACCUGGUGGCCUUGUUCACUGGAAUCCUGACCACAGCAGUACUCGGCAGCCUGAAGAACUCGAGGAGCAGCAGCCCUGUGGCCGAGCCCUCUGAGAACAAAGCAUCUUCCCCUACAGCUCCUCUGCUGAUGGACGCCAACAUACACAAAGCACACCAGCUCCACCCAGGAACAUCAACGUUUUUCCCUCCGGCAGAAAUGACAGCUGCCUCACAGAUAUAUCCUUCAGCAUCGACGCCCCUCACAGAGUUGAGCCCGUCUCCAUUCACUCCUCUAACCAGCCUGUCCGCUUGAGCUCCACCAGUUUGCCAGUUUAUUAGGUACAAUAGUGAAAACCAAUUUAUGUUCAGUUGAUGUUGAAACAGAGUCAGAAAGGUGGUAACUCAACUGGAUGAUCAUUUUUAUCCUAGCCCUCUGACUAUAACUCCGAACACACAGUAAUUUGAAACUAACUUGAUAUCAGAACAUUCAUUAAGAUUAAGUGCAGGACUGUUCUAUUAGAAUUCAUUCACUUUGACUAGAGUACCUAAUGAAUUAUUAUUAAUAUCAAAUGAUUACCAUUAUUAUUAUUAUUCACAUGAAGAAGAGAAAGGUAUACAAAUACUUAACUAUUGUUAUGUUUUAAACGUUGUUUUAAAUGUUGUUGAAGGGGUGUUUUAUUGUGUUUUCUUAAAAUCCUGAUGAGAACUUGGGGGAUUUUCCAUGCUACUUUUGCUCUUAUGCAGUAAGCUUGAUUAUUUACUGCAUUUUGGUCACAUACAUAAAGUGUAAAAUAUUUGUUAGUGAUAGAAAUGACAGUCUACUCCAUUGGUCAACUUCAUGUGCGUAAGAGGGCUUCUGUAGCUCAAACGUUCACACGCGAGUUAGAAUUUCCCAUGGGCGUGAAUUAGAAGCCUCUCACACAGCUUUGUCCUACACACUUUUCUGUAAUAAAUAUCAGGUUUGUGGAAGGUGUUCCUGUUAUAUUUAUGUUGUAUCAUCACUGCUUGUGUGUAAUUUAUGACCCACAAGGCCCCUCUUAACACGUGGUUUACACACAUACAUGCUUAUUUUACCUACUAUCGUUUCCCAGAAUAUAUUUUGCAUGACAAAUGUACGCUGAGUUGAACUUUUCAAACUGUGUUUAACUGCGAACUAACAGUAAUUCACUUAUUAUCAUAUGUGGCAAUGUACUUGUGAUAGAUGAAUCAACAAAAAAAAUGCACCGUGCUGCCACUAAACUGAAAUUAAAACAAUUAAUCAUCUUUUUUUAUACUUUGAACAAAUUAAUAAAUAAAUGGUUUAAAAAUC